AAAUUGGGGAAUUCAUAUAUAAACAGACCAUUGCUGCAUUUCCCACCUACGACUGUAGAUCCGAGGGCUGCUGUGUUUGCCGAAGCUACUAGAGUUUAUAAACUAGCCUGCUGUGUUUCAAGUUUUCCUCUCGGAGCGAAUCUCCGACUUAUAUAUACAAAUCACGCGUGUUAUACCGAACGAGGCCAGAUACAGCGCCCCAGCUCCGUUGAGACGAUUAAGCAGUCGGAACCACCAAAACUUGGGCUUGAAUAGCUGUGGAUGGUGGGACAAGUCCACUAGGGAUAGGCGACAGCGACAUGGCUCUCAGCGAGCGAGAGACGGGCCAGCUUCGCGCGGCACUACAGGAAGCAGUGGUGAAAUGCUCGGAGAGAUGUCUCUACCAGUCGUCGAAAUGGGCCGCAGAACUACUCACAUCCCUUCCCGAGGAAGAUGCGCCAGAACCCGAAGACUCGCAAAUGACUGAAAUCCUGGCCAGCGGCAUGCCACCUAUUGUUGUGACGGGGAACUUGGACCCUGAAGAAUCGGCGCUGGAGGCGAAAGAGAUAAACAAAUAUUUACUAGCGAAAUCGUUCUUCGACUGUCGCGAGUUUGAUCGGUGUGCAGCGGUAUUCCUACCAGAAACAAUGUUAGCAGGAGUCUUGUCGACGGAGCCAUUAGGUGCCAGUCAGAGCCCUGAAGCGUCGAAAGGAAAAGGCAAGGCGAGGCAAUCAAUACCAGCAGCACGCCCGCCAUUGGGCGCUAAACUACCCAGGCUGAGCCAAAAGAGUUUAUUCCUUGCGUUAUAUGCGAAGUUCAUGUCUGGCGAGAAGACAAAGGAUGAGGACAGCGAAAUGGUUAUGGGACCCCACGACAGCGGGAAGACGAUAAAUAAGAAUCUGGUGACGAUAAGCAGGUAUCUAGAGGCUUGGUUCCAAGAGAGGACCACCGAAACGGGAGAAGUUGUGGGCUCCCAGGGGUGGCUGGAAUACCUCUACGGCAUUGUCCUCGCGAAAGAGAAGAACGAAGAGGAGGCCAUGCGGUUACUCAUAAGAAGCGUUCAUUUAUACCCCAUGAACUGGGGCUGCUGGUUAGAAAUGACCUCUCUAAUAAGCCGCGUCGAAGAUCUCAACCGCAUAUCCCCCCACCUACCCCAAAACAUCCUCUCCUUCGUCUUCCACCUCCACACCUCCCUCGAGCUCUACCAAUCCACACCCUCCCUCCACACCCAACUCCACCAACUCCUCAGCAUCUUCCCCACCUCCCCCUUCCUCCUAACCUGCCUCGCCCUCCUCGCCUACCACACCAAAGACUUCAUAACCGCCGAGUCCCACUUCUCGCGCCUCCUCGCCCUCCACCCCCACCGCCUCGACUCCCUAGACCACUACUCCAACAUUCUCUACGUCAUGGCUCUUCGCCCCAAACUCUCCUUCCUCGCACACCUCUGCUCCGCCACCGACAAGUUCCGCCCCGAAACCUGCGUCGUCAUCGGGAACUACUACUCCCUCCUCUCGCAGCACGAAAAAGCAGUAAACUACUUCCGCCGCGCCCUAACCCUCGACCGCGCCUGUCUCUCCGCCUGGACACUCAUGGGACAUGAGUACGUCGAACUCAAGAACACGCAUGCGGCUAUCGAAUCGUACCGCCGCGCCGUGGACGUCAAUCGUCGGGACUACCGCGCUUGGUACGGCCUGGGACAGACCUACGAGGUCCUCGAGAUGCACGCCUACGCCUUAUGGUACUACAAGCGCGCUGCGGGCCUGCGCCCCUGGGACGGCAAGAUGUGGAUGGCAGUCGGAUCGUGUCUCCAGAAGAUGGGCCGCGACGCUGAAGGCAUCAAAGCCCUCAAGCGCGCCUUAUUCGCAGACGGAUACUACGAUGCCGGAGCCGGGGCCGGAUUCGGCGCCGGGCGCGGCGCGCGCACAAAAGCGAUGGAUCCGGAGCUGCUCCUGCAGAUCGCGGGAAUGUAUGAGAGGAUGGGGGAAGGGGCUGAGGCGCGGGAGUACAUGGAGCUUUGUGUUGCGCAGGAGGAAGGGGAGGGGGAGGAAGAAGAAUGGGGGGUGGGGGUGACGGUCGCGACGAGUAAGGCGAGGAUGUGGCUUGCGAGGUGGGCGAUGGGGGAGGGGGAGUGGGAGGUUGCGCUGAGGUAUGCGACGGAGCUUUGUCAGGAUGGGGUGGAGGUUGAGGAGGCGAAGGCGUUGGUUAGGGAGAUUAGGGCGAGGGGGGAGGCGGGGGAGGAGGGGGGGAUGUCGAGUCCGUAG